UCGCGUGAAUAGGGGGAAAGCCGGGGACAGGUGUCGGGAACCCCAUAGUGCAGCUACCCACAUGAAGUAUACACCUGGAGUUUAGACAGAACAGUGCGGCAGUACUCCCAAUAACAUCACAAACUAGAACUGCUACGUUUCGAGAUCCAACAUCCAUAGCAGCACGUCGAUCGUCCGGGAGAAAGUAGCUAUUCUCUAGUCUGAACACCCGGCCAUAUAAGAUCUGUUGCUGUCCUGUCCUUCCCCGGAGCCCCGUUUCCCCCAUCAUGGCUCAACCUCAACCUUACCCUGGGCAACAACCGCCGGUCACCUCCGUACCUGGGCCGGGGAAGAACGGGAAGACGAGCUACCUUCCUCCUGACGUGCUUCGUCCCCAUCAUCAGCAGCAACAUGCAGCCCACAAUCACUACAUUAAGGAUCCUACCCAUGGGCAGGUGCGCGAUGAUGCCCCUCCCCCUCUCCCGCCUAAACCGGGCCCCAAACCCCUCCAGAGACCCGCGGCAGUGGGGACCCAAUUUUCACAUCAGGGACCCCCAAGGGGGAACCCCCUGAACACUCAUUCGUCUGGUGGCAUCCCUCCACAACAUCAACAGCCGCCAUUUCCCUCACGACACCGUUUUGACCCUCCACCUCAUGGAGCAGCAGCAUCGGUGGUGGGCAAUGACGAACCUCAGUAUGUCCACAUGAUGAGCAAGGAGGAGCAGGAGUUGGUUCGCCAACGAGCAAGAGCCAGUGACGCUGAAUCAAACAUAAGAGAGAGAGAGCUAGAGUUGUCCCAAUGCCACACUGAGAUCGCAAAGACCAGACAGUGUGUCCGCGACAAGAAGGAGGAGGUUAAGGCAAAGGAGCAGGAAAUCACUCAACUGCGGGCGGAAUUGGAUCGCCUUCGUCAGGCAGCAAUUGGUCGAGCCCAGCCUCUGGUGGCGGGAAAUGAAGCGGCGCUGCAGGCAGAGGUACAGCAGUACAGGAGGGUAGUUCAGGACCUUCGAGGUGAAAUGGAGCAGUUGAGAGGACGGCAGAAUGUAGCCACACCCCCUCCCUCCACUGACAUGCAGGAACUAAUUAGACUCAGAGGAGAGGUCCAGUGGCACCACGGAGAGCGGCAGAGGAUGCUACAGGAGAUUGGUGUUCUCAAAUCCUCCGAACAGGUCCUCAUUGCACAGGUGAGGACGUACCAGGAGGAUUUUGAGAGUGAGAGACAGGACAGGGAGAGAGCCCAUGCCACCAUUGACGAAAUGAGGGAGGAGAUUGCCAACCUCAACCAUAUCAUCACCAUGCUUGGUGGACAGGAGCAACAACAGCAAAACUUCAAUCCUCCUUAGAAACAAUUUUAUUUUUCUGGCUCUUAUAGCAGUAUAUACAACACAGUGCUCAUUUGCGACAUUCAUAAUUCAUUUUAGUUUUUGUC